AUGCAUUACAUAGGAGACACCAGCCAAGACAUCUGGCAAGGCUGCAUCAAUUUGUCUCUAGAAAGUGAGAUAUGCAGCGAUGCAGCAGUUAUCACCAAUUGUCCACCCUGGUUAUUAGCUUGUUCUCCUGAAGGCAACUUUACUCAGAUGACCCAGGAAGAAAUUCAGACAUUGCUAGCAAGAGAGGAGAGAGAAAAGCUGUUUCUUCGGGGUAUCACCCUUGCUGGAAUCAAAUGCCUGUUGAUCCGUGAUGACUUGUUCACUGAGGGCAACAAGAGCAUGGACCUGCGUACCAAAGGCCAACCUCGAGGUAGCCAGGCAAUUACUGUAGUUCAGUUGGAGUCUGUGUACCUUGUGGUGAUGGGAAAGAAGGGGACAGAAGGAGGACCUCUCAAUCUCAAAGCUUUUGAAAUAGCAGGCUACACAAGAGAGGCCAUUCUUAAACAAAAAGCUCGCCGCUAG